GAUUGUUCUGGAAGCAGCAGUAACCUUUUAGUUUACCGCAAUGUCAGCCAAACCAGGAGACAUGAGGAUGAGACUAAUAUUAGUCUAUUAAGUUUGGCAAGCGAAGAGGAUGAUGAUGUCCAGUUUGACAACAUGUCAGGACAUGCCCCUCCUCACAUCCUGCUGUAUGAAGAGCUUCAGACACAGAUCAUAAUGGUGAGGUGAUGAUGGCUGGGAGACAUUACCCAUCCAUCCAGGAGUUUGCAUCAGCGAUCCCUAACCACCUUCUCCUGGGGUCCCUGCUAGAGCACCUGUGCUUCGUCUAUGAGAGCAACCCAGCUCGCUCUCGCAUGUUAUUUAAAGUCAUUGGUCAGCAGUUAGCAGCCAUGAACCUCCUCUCGCCUCUGGCCAUCAGUGAUGAGUUCAGCACCGUUAGACUGCAGCACAACCGAGCCUUCACGGAGCUGCUCCAUGCUGCUAGCUCCUCGCUCUAUCCACAGGGACAACUUCUCAGCACAGGGGGAACAACUUCACUGAGACAGAAGGAAGGACUGUUUCAUGCGCAGACGUCUCGGUACCUCAGUGAAUUUGAAGAAAUAUGCCGACUUGGCAAAGGGUCUUAUGGGAAUGUUUUUAAGGUGACGAACAAACUAGAUGGUCAGUUUUAUGCUGUGAAGAAAAUCCUCAUCAAAAAGGUCUCGAAGGAAGACUGCAUGAAGGUCCUCAGGGAAGUCAAAGUGUUGUCCAGUCUGCAGCAUGUUAAUGUCGUGGGUUAUCACACUGCGUGGAUGGAGCAUGUUCAGCCAGCAACAUCUCCUGGGUCUCACCUGCCAGCUUUAGAAUCACCAGGAAAUCCUGACAGCUCUGAUGAGAUCCCUGACAACAGCGGCAGCUCCUCCAUAGUUUUCCAAAGCCUCAGUCAGGCACAGACAAGGGCUUCCCCGAGUGCCAAAGGACCCCUGAAUGAGGAAUCCCUGCCCGUUAAAGCUUUAGAGAAAGGACAAGUGGUGUGUCCAAAGACGAUGCGUCGCAUCCCAGAGAACUAUGUCCCCUGCGUGUUCCUGGGACAGCGAGGACCUGGGAAUGCCACCAAAUGUCCGGUGUCAGACUGGGACAGCUCAGCACUGUUGGAAGAGGAGAUUAGCAGGAGCAGCAUCGAGCUGAACAACAACUCCUUCAUAGAGAGGGAACAGCAGGUGGCUGACAAAUGCACUGCAAAGCCUUCAAAAGAGGUCCAGUUCCAGUUGAUGCUCUACAUCCAGAUGCAGCUGUGUGAGCGCUCGCUGAAGGACUGGAUCUCUGACAGGAACAACAAGCCUACUGAUGAACAUACCUCAAGAUCUCCUUAUGGUUGUGUUGAUGCUGAACACACCCUCAGUCUGCUGAGGAGGAUACUUGAGGGAGUGGAGUACAUUCACUCCAGAGGAAUCAUGCACAGAGACUUGAAGCCAAGGAACAUUUUCCUCCACGGUCAUGACUGCCACGUUCGUAUCGGAGACUUUGGUUUGGCCUGCAGGGAUAUGAUAGUGGACAACCAUAAAAGCACCGCCUCUCCCAGUAGUGAUUCAUCACAUACUACAGGUGUCGGCACAUUUGUGUACGCUGCACCAGAACAACUGAAGAGCUCACAUUAUGAUUCGAAGUCAGACAUGUACAGCAUUGGGGUGCUGGCUCUGGAGCUAUUCCACCCCUUUGGGACAGAGAUGGAGCGUGUCCGCACCCUUGGGGAUCUGAGGGAGGGAAAAAUCCCAGACUCAUUCAGCCAAAGAUGGCCAGUCCUGACUAAGUAUAUUCUGAACCUGACAAGCAAAGAGCCCAGUGUUCGACUCACGGCCAGCCAGCUUUUACAGAGUGAACUCUUCUGCAGCAAAGAUAUAGUGAUUCAUGGUUUGCAGAAAAGGGUUGAAGAGCAGGAGGAAGAGAUCAUGGCGCUGAGAAGACAGAUCAGCCAGCUUCAGAGCUCAAAAGUUACUGUUCAAAACUCUGACCCAGGCAAAACCUGAGCCUUAACAGCCCCAAACAACACUAACUGGGAAAACUUGAGUCCUCAACCACAGUUGUACUAUGUUUUGUUCACAAGUACAAGUGGUAGAGAGAGUUUGCAUGUGUAUGUGUAAGCAUUUGAGUGUGUCUUGUGGACCAGGAUGUAAGGGUGUGAUUAUUUAUCUUCAUUUAGCUGUUUAAUUAAACGUAUUCCUGCCA